AUUAUGUCUAAAUUGUUCCUAUACUUGAUUUCAGCUUCUUUGAAUAGCAGAUAACUUACUUGUUGUUGGGAUGGUGAAAAAAUGUCUGACUCAAAAUUGCUUGAGGAACUCCUCUCUGAAGCUGAAUCAGUUAUUCAAGAUUAUAAAACUAAAUAUAAAUCUAGUGACAUCUCCAAUUUCACUCCUGAGUUACUUCCUGAUAUGAAUUCGAGUAGAAAUGUCAAUCAAGUUGUGAAUGACUCAAGUUAUUCUCAUAGCUCAUGCCAUGCAUCAGACGUAUCCUUCAAAGGUGUCAGUGUAGAAGCCAUUAAUUUUACAAACAGUUCAGGAAAGAAGCAAGAUCUGAGGAGUAAUUAUUUGAACCUUAGCUCUGAUUUGGCAUUCAUUUCAGCCUCUCAAGUUACACUGCCCUCCAUAAACCUCAACAAAGGAGAUGAAGAUGGUAAUGAUAUCAAGUAUGCAGUGGAAAAUGUUACCAAUUACAGCACAUUCAGCGAUCAAGCUGGAAAAAAUGUAACAAAUGGCAGCACCUUUAGCCAUCAUGCUGAAAAAGAAGCUGUUGCUGCUGAGCGUGACACGAAGGUGUUGUCAGAGCUGCGGGAGCUGUGCUGGGUGUUGCUGUCAACUGCCUCGGCGGCUCUCAGAGACCAAGCCAGACUUGCAAAACACAUCGAGACAACAGAGGGUGCAGGCAGCUAUGUCCUCACGUCAGGUGUGGAUGGCAGUGAGGCACAGACACUCGUCUCACAAGCUGCCUCACGCUUGCAGCAUCUUCUUGUGCAGGUGAGUGCAUGGCAGCAAGAGUCACAAGAGGCUGAGGCAGAGUGUACAAGGCUGUGCUCGCUACUCAACUCUCUGCUGUGUUGCACAUCAGACACCCUCACCGCCUCUGGCCUGCAGCACCUUGCUGAGACUUCCCUUGUGUCACCCAGACGCAGCAACGCCGAGCGUCUAGUGGAUGCAGCUUGUAGCAAUCUACAGCUACUCUUGGAACAGCAGCAGUCAAGCAAACAGCUGCAGCUGCAGCAGGAACAGCGUGUGCAACAGCUGCAGCAGCACGUGCUUGAUGGAGAAAUGCAGCUGCAUCAAAUGACCGACAGGUGCGGCCAGCUGGUGCAGGAGCUGCAGGAUUGCAAACGGCAGCAAGAACAGCAGCUGCAGCAGCUCUACGUGCAGCUGGCGAGGGCUGAGGAGACUCUUAAGCAGACUCAAACUGAUCUUGACGUCGCUCAGUCCUCACGCAAGCUGAGUGACGCUGAACACGAGACGACAGUUGCUGAGCUGCGCAAACAGCUCACUCAGUGUCAGCUGAAAUUCGAGCAGAGUCUUGACAGCUGCAAGGAGCUGAAGUGUCAGCUGGACCACCUGCAGCUAGAGUCAGCUGACCGCUUGCAGCAGAUGUCAGCUCAGUGUGAGCAGCUGCGACAACAGCGUGAUGCUAUUGAAGCAGCUGCAGAGAACAGCACCAGCAGCAUCACUGCUGCAGCUGUUGCGGCACGGCAGCAAAGGGAUGCUGCAGAAUCAGCAGCCGUAUUGGUGCGAGGAGAACUGCAAGCUCUGCAGCAGCAAUAUGAUCAUCUGCAGGCGCUUGCAGACGACAAACAGAGUGAAAAUCAAGCCAUUUCCAAUGAGCUUGCAGCCGUAAAAGAACAGCUGCGUGAGACUAGCAGCACCCAGGCUGCAGAGAUUCAGCAACUGCAUGACAAGCUAUGCAAACAGGCUUGCAGCCUUUGCGAGAGUCAGCAGCAGCUGCGCAAAGAGCAGCUGCUGCAACUGCAGCUGCGCACCCAGUUACAGCUUGAGCAGCAGCGCACCAAGGAGCUGGAGGUGCACAAUAAAGCUGCACAGCAGCAGGUUGAUGAGCUGAACAAGCUGCUUGCUGACCAUCUCGACAGACGCGUCGCUGAUGACGUCAAAGCAAUACUCAAGUCCCUCAACGACAGCAAAAUCAACUCUGAAACAAUACAAAUCAGCUCAGAAACUAUAAAAAACCACUCUCGACCGAUACAAGAUUUUACCUCUUCCCCCAGUAACACCAGCCUGAAAUGUUCAUCCAAGCAAGGCACUAGGAUGAGUGAGACGUACGGAAAAGAUGAGGUUCUCCAUUGCUCUGUUGUGAAGAAUGAGGCUGAUCCUGUUUAUUCACACAAUAAAUUAUCAACUUCUGAAAUUACCCCUCAGGAAAACCGCAAUCUUUUUUCUGUAGGUCGUGAACUCGGAUCAAGUUAUCCUGAUGUUUCUAAAGUCAACACACGAGUUCACACUGACAGAUAUACUCACCGUGACCGUGACAGAGUUACGCAUAAUGAUUUACUUGAUCACCGUGACACCCUAAUGCUUAAUAAUUCCUGGACUCGAAGCAAAGAGCGAAACUCUGAUGACAUCCAUGCCCUGGACAAUUCUAACACGCGGUCUUCGCGAAUUUCUCUUGCGUACCGAACACCACGUCGUGAGUUUCACUCCAGCAACCCUGAUCUGCGCCAUGACACGCGCACCCCAGAGAGGCAAGGCGUGGCGAGGGAUGCUAUGAGUGGUUUAGGCAGUGGUAUUGUUAGAAGCAAAAGUAGUGGUGGUGGCGUUAGAGGCGCUUCUCAGGACUUCACAGCACAACUGGCGCAGUUACAAGCACUAGAAGACGAUAUGCACGCUUUGGCUCUCGCUCCAGUGGACGACCUAUAUACAAAGCCGGAUCAGCAAUACCUACCCCAGGCGAAAACCCGAAGCUUUUCUCGCACCAGCAUCGACUCAAGACUCUGCACUGACUCAGGGCUCGGCUCUAGUGAGCAAACCGACUCAGUCAGCUCCCCCGGGGGCGGCGACUCAGGAGCCGAGUUGAGGCGAGCACGAGCCGAGGCGAGGAGAGAGAGACUCGAAGCCGCCAAACUAAGGGAAAAAUGCGCUCUACUACAGGUGGAGGUGGACGCGCGGACCGCAGAAAUGGCGGACGAGCGAGCGAGGCAGCGAUACC